UGUAAACAUUGAACUGAAAUAAUGCUGGGACAUAAAAGAUAACAAAACAAGUUAAUAAACAACUGUUUUGAUAGAAGAGGUACAGUAUAUGUACUCUAUUCGUGGCAAAGAGAGCGUAUCUGUCCAUGUUGUGGUCACUGUCAUUGUUUCCAAGGUAAACAAGACGAUGCUGUGAGUCGAGAAGAGGCUAUCGAGUUCGCACUGUGCAAAAUGGCGACAAGGAAAGUGUUCGAUGGAGUAUUCCAUGACCUGCCGGCCCAGGAGUCGAAGACAAUACGUAUUUUCUUCAGCUCGACGUUCACAGAUAUGACGAUGGAGAGGAACAUGUUGAUGAAGGAGUCAGUGCCCCGGCUCAGGGACUACUGUCUGGCCCGAGGACUAGACUUCCAGGUGGUUGACAUGCGCUGGGGUGUGAGGGAAGAAACAUCCGUGGACCAAAUGACAACAGAGCUGUGCCUGAGGGAGGUCAACAAUUGCCAACAGAUCUCCAUGGGCCCAAAUUUUGUGGUGUUCCUCGGUGAUAGAUAUGGCAGUUGUCCUCUACCAGCCACAGUGCCUGUCACUGAUUUCAGAGUUUUUCAUCGUGUUGCAAUGGCUAUGGGUAAAGACAUUUACCUCCUGGAUAAAUGGUAUCUGCUUGACAACAAUGCUGAACCGCCAGUUUACCAGAUACAGCCAAUCACAAACCUUCUACCUCAUUACAAUGACCGAGAUCCAGCCAAUCAGCAUCUUCAAGAAAAAGACCAGAAGAGAUGGAGAGAAGUUCAGAGCACACUACUGUCACUUUACCAUGAUCUGGCACAGGAGGCUCACCUGACCGGACACCUUGACCAGCAAGCAUAUGACAGAUACUUUAUGUCAGUGACCGAGAGUGAGAUAUGUGGCGGUAUUCUCGAAGCAGCAGAGACAGACAACAGAGCUCUUGUGUUCCAUCGAGUUCUCAACAACAUCAACACACAGCACCCUCUGGCAUGGAGAUUCAUCGAUGUAGAUAAUGAGGGCAAAGUUGACAUGAAGGCCAAGGAUCGUCGGGAGAAGUUAACCCUAAAGAAGAUACCCGAUGCUUUGGCCUCGAGUCAGAUGCAUGAGUAUAACAUCGAGUGGACAGACAACUGUGUUGACCCCCAAGACCCAAAGCAUCUAGUCUACCUACAGACUCUGUGUGCCACCUUCCAGAGCAGCAUGGAGAAGAUGAUUGAUGCCAGCCUGGACAAACAGUCAUCAUAUACCAAUGAUGAUCUUUACUCAGAGGUUCUCCAUCAUCUGCAUUUCAGUGUCAAGAAGAGUGAAAUAUUUUUUGGUAGAGAAGAGGAGCUCAAAGACAUUCAGGAAAAACUGAACAAGGUUGUAAACAUAUCUGAGGACAUGCAUGAAGAUGAGUCACCAUCUGUGGAUGUUACUGAAGAGGAAGUGGAGGAGGAGGAAGUGGAAGAGGAGGAGGAGGAAGAAGAUGGUAGGGAUAAACAUUCACACCAAAUGAAGGAUUUUCUUGACUCCAGGGGAGUUAAAUACCAUUUGGGUGAUACUUUUGAUGACUAUGAUUCAGAUCCGUCCAAGAACCCUCAGCUCGAACAGAUUCAGCUUCCCGCUGUGAAGUCAUUCAAGAGACCAGUGAUAAUCCACGGGGAAUCAGGAAGUGGGAAGACAGCACUCAUGGCACAAAUUGCUAAACUUUCUAGUUCCUGGUUUCCUAAAUCAGUGCUGAUUGUGCGGUACCUUGGAACAUCUCCUCAGUCUAGCUCAAUACGAGAAGUUCUUGUCAGCAUCUGCAGACAAAUCUGGACUAUUUUCAGUGUCCCGAAAGGCUCUGGUAUUGACAUAACCACAGACUUCCAGUAUCUACUCUCCUACUUCAGUGCACUUCUGUGGAGGGUCAACACUUCCAGUAAACCACUUGUCAUCAUCUUUGACUCAGUGGAUCAGCUCCUGCCUUCAGAUCAUGCUCACACCGUCAACUGGCUGCCCACAAAGACCCCACCAUAUGUCCACAUCUUGGUGUCCAUGAUGCCAAAGGUCAACAACUGUCUAGACAACAUCCAACAGCACCUGCCCUUUACACAACAGUACGUGCAGCUCUCCGUUUUCUCAGAAGAAGCUGGGGAAAAGAUGGUGUCAGCCCAGUGCAGCAGAAAAGGGCGUUGUUUGACGAGACUUCAGAAAAAUUUCCUAAUGGAGCACUUUGCCGAAUGCCGCCAGCCCCUGUUCCUGAAGCUGAUUGUGGAUGAAGCUAUCACCUGGAAGUCCUUCACCCCGUUGUCUGACAUCCAGGUUGGCAACACCGUGAGGGCAGCCAUCAAUACACUCUUUGACAAGAUGGAGCGAUCACAUGGCUUUGUAAUCACCACCAAAGCAUUUGGAUACUUGUGUGCUGCUCGUCAAGGGCUGGGAGACACAGAGAUGGAGGACUUGCUUUCUCUGGAUGACGAUGUCCUUCAGGAUACAUAUCUCUAUCACCUCCCCCCUGACCCAAACAUAAUACGGCUGCCACCUUUGUUAUGGAAACGGAUCCGCAGUGACAUUUCAGAGUACCUGACAGAACGUCAGUCUGGCAACAAGGUGGUAGUAAACUGGUACCAUCGUCAGUUCUCAGAAGUUGCACUUCAGAGAUAUUUGCCUGCAUCUACGCAGCAGACGUUUCACACUUCACUGGCGGAGUAUUUCUCUGGGAAAUGGAGUGACAUGGAGAAGCCUCUUGAACUCUAUAAAAUCAAGACAGGCUGGUACCCCAAUGCCAUGCGACAAGUUCCAGCACAGCCCCUGGAGUAUGAGAAUGUGUACAAUGUGAGGAAGCUGCAGGAACUGCCCUACCACCUGGUCAAGUGUGGCGACCUCACCACAUUCCACGGCACUGUUGCCUGUAACUUCCACUGGCUGUACGCCAUGUGUCAUGUCAUGUCACUCACUGACGUCCUCAACGACUUAAAGAUGGCCAUGGCAAGUCUGGACGCAACAGGUGACAUUGACAAUGUUGCACUGUAUGAUGACAUCAAGUUCGUCAAUGACGUCCUCAUCCUUGGUAGUGACUUUAUCCGAAAAAGUCCAUCUAACCUGGCAACACAGAUUGUGUCCCAGCUGGGCCCCCAGUACAGUGGGUCCCCAGGGAUCACAGGCCUGGUCCAGUCUGCCUACACCUGGCUGAGCACAAGGAACCACCCCCACCUCCUACCUGAGGGGAAGACCAUGCCGAGCCCUGGAGGGUGCCUCCUCAGCUCCAUCAAUGUGGACAUCAACAUCCUUGGCAAUGACCGUGUAUUUGGGAGCUGCAUGGUCCUCCAGGAAUCCAAGCACAGGCUGUAUGUGACAGACCAACAACCAAGUAAUGGCAAUGACUGUCUGAGAGUGUAUGACCUGGAUGACAAUAUGUCCUGCAUGGCAGUGGAUGACCUCAACAGGAAGGUCAGAUCCAUUCAGUUCAAGGCCACAGAAAAGUUGCUUCUGGCUGAAUCCUUCCACACCAGCAGCAAAUACAGUUACACCAGCUACUUUGACGUGUAUGACGGCUCGCUCUCCACCCCCAUCCACCUCGACUGUAAACCUGGCAAUGCUUGUGUGUCUGACUCGGGCAGAUUGGUUGCCUGGUCAGAUGAUGAAAAACAACAAAUCAAGAUUGGAAUGUUCAAGAAAACUGGACGAGGCAUUGAUAUCAAGCAUGAGCUUAAAAGUAAACCAAGCUAUGUCCAGUUUUCUCAUGAUGAGAAACACCUGGUUACCCUGUCUGGAACUACUGCCUGUAUCUAUGACUGUCAGUCUGGAGAGAUGACUGCAGAUAUUGGCCCGAAUGAUAAUCCCUUUAAUUUCAACACUGGAGAUCUUGAUUAUGGUUCUUCAACCUUUGUCACAAAAGACAACAAAUUUAUUCAUCAAGGCUUCGGGUAUAAGAAAAAAAAUCAUCUGUUUGUGAACAAAGUCCCUUCUGGUGAACUCCUGUUCCAGUUGGAGGGAUAUAAGGAAUAUAGCUUGGAACUAUGUGUUCUUGAUUCAAAGGAAGAGUUCCUCCUGGGGGGACCUUCAUCCACAUCCUGCAUCAACGGAGAUAAUAAUAAACAAGCCAAACUUUUCAACCUCAGUGUUGGAGAGUUGACAUCCCAACUUGCUUGUUCAAAUGGACCAUAUGUUGCUUUGAAACUGUUUGGAGACAGAGAGUUAUGGGCCCUUGUUGCUAGCUAUGGCAGUGCUGAGAUCAAGUUGGUCUCUUUAGGACAGCGAAAGACACCGCUAUCCGAACCAGUUCUUAUGCAGUCAAUAACAGACCACAGUCAGGCUAUUCUGCAAUAUGUUGUUUCAUCGGAUGAAACACUGAUGUUUUCAGCGUCUGCUGAUAACACAAUCAAGCUUUGGGACCUGCCUCGCCUCCUGGAAGAGUCAAAAGAGAUUUAUUCUCAGAAACAGGCAACAAAUACAGAUGAGGAGGAAAGGAAAAAGUCAUUGGAUAUUCAAGAUGUUGGACAGAGCUCAACAUUAAAAUUCUCAAAAGAUGACAAGCAGCUGUUCAUGUGUACGAAGUAUGGAUGUCUUCUUAAGCGAGACAUGGUGACAGGCACUACUGACCUAGUGAUGGAGGCAGAACAGAUGAGAACACGACGGAAACUGAUGUGCCUGACCUCUAGUGGACGACACCUCGCUGUCCCCAGAAACAAGAAAGUCCUUGUCCUGGAUGUCCAAACAUCGGAGUUGGUGUAUGAUCUACAGCAUGUGAGUCGCCUGGUGGACUGUCUGGCAGAAGGGGGCAACAUCCUCAUUGCUGGAACCGCUGGCAUGGAGGCCAAGGGCAGGAUCUGGAAUCUGGACAACGGUGAGGCUGUACGUGAUGUGACCUUUCUGUACUCUUUCUAUGAGACUGCCAUAAACAGCACAGGAACACGGAUCAUCAUGACCAUGUUUGACUACCCAAUCAUCAUGAAUGUCCACUUACAAGAGAAUGAAACUGACUCCCUGGUGGGCCAGCCCGACACCGAGAUGAGUGCUUGCUGUGGUGCAGGCUUCACCCCAGAUGACAGCCUUGCUGUAGCUUGUUCCGGUGAUGGCUCUAUACGGGUCAUGGAUGCUGAAACAAAUCGCUACAUGUACAGGAUGCGUCAGAGAUCCUCUAUCACCAACAUGACCUUCUCCCCCGACAGCAAGAAUCUUCUGACAUCAGGCUUCCGGUCCAUCUAUGUCUGGAGCAUGUCUGACGGCAGUCUGGCAUGCAAGCUGACCAGACAUCAGUCCUUCAUCGUAUGUAUGGAGUUUACACGGGGUGGUCAGUUCCUGGUGACUACCAGUCAGGACAAGAACGUCGUGGUGUGGGACUUUGACAAAAAAGUAUCCAUCUGCUCCUAUCAUGCCCAUUGCCAGGUGAAUGCUAUGGCUGUUGUUUCAGACCUGUCAGCCAUAGCCUAUGCUCCCGAGAAUGUGGCCAGUGUGGCAGUGUUGAAGCCCAAUGAGAGGCUGAACCAGAUGCUGGAGGGAACCUACGUCCACACAGUGUCAGAGUCGGUGAAAAAGGCUCAAGCCCUGGCUCUUGCCUUCUCAAGUCAAGGAGUCAAGAAGCAAACUUCGGCAGCUUGUACAAUACUUUAACAUUCACAGACAACAAGGAGGCAGUUCACCCUCUCAACCAUGUACAAUACUAUAAAAGACCAGUGGAAGUAGUUAAGUCUAUCAACAUAACCUGUGUGCUCAUGCAUCACAACUGGGCUGAUGAUGUUACAGAGUGUUAAUAUACUGACAGAAACAAAUAAAGGAACACAGGAAAAUUCAAGCGUUCCUUUAAUAUUUUCCAGUUUUCAUCACCAGCUUUGAAUAGCGCUGUGGGAGGAAAUCUGAGCAUAAAUACAGGAACACUGCUAUGAAGUGGUGUUCCCUUUUUUGGUUCCCUCAGUAUACAUUGUAUAAGACCACAGGAAAAGAACGCACUGGGUUUACAAGUUGUGCAAUGGUAGAAGGAAGCUUGUGUAAUGAUUCAGGGAAGGUUGUGUUAUACAGUUAUGAUGAGGUUGUUGAUAGACUGUUAAUUUAUUGAGUAACAAUAGGGGAACAUUAUGUACUGGUUUUACGCAUUAUGCAAUGACAUAGAUAAUGUUUGUUUGUUAGAGUAUUGUAAAGGGAAGAUGGUCUUGUUUGUUAGUAUAAUCAGAGACCAAAUAAUAAGAUAUCAUAUCUAUUUUAAGGUUUCUGGUAUAAUGUAGAAUCUGAAAAGAAAAUGAUAUACCGGUACAGUAUUUCCAUAUAUAUAAUAAAACAUGGAAGGUUAUGAUAUACAGGUAAACUGUUGGUAGGUGUAAUACAACUUCACUGGAAAAUAUACAGUAUUUACAUACUGUGCUGGCAGGGGCGGAUACAGCUUUUUGAGAAAGGGGAUGUGCACAGUUCAUUUUCACCCAUUUUGACGAGAGUCUCAAUGGUCAUUUACUAAACUUUCAGGACAAAUGGAGAGGGGUGGGGUUGCACAACCCUAUCAAACCCCCUCCCCCCCUGGAUCCGCCUAUGACAGUUAUAUGAGAUGAUGAUGUAGUGUUAAUACAUUGUACAAGAAAACAGGAAGCUAGUGUACAGUGUUUACGCAUUGUACAAUAGAAAGGAAGAUGAUGUUGUUAGUAGUGUUUGUACGUUGUACAAGACUACGGAAAGUUAAUGUACAGUAUUUACAGAUAGCACAGUUAUACGAAAUGAUGAUAUUGUAGUGUUAAUGCAUUGUACAAGACCUCUGGAAAAUAUUUCACAAUAUUUACUCUUUGUAUAGAAAUACAGGGAACAUGACAUUUGUACUGUAUAUACAUUGUACAACACUAGGUGAAUCUAAUGCCCCUUGUUUACACAUUGUACAAUUAUAUGAGAAGAUGGUGCAAGUAGUGUUAAUACAUUGUACAACACUACAGGAAAAUUAUGUACUGGAUUUACAAGCUGUGCAAUGGUAGGAGGAAGGUGGUGAAAUGGUAGAGGGAAGGUGGUGAAAUGGUAGGAGGAAGGUGGUGAAAUGGUAGAGGAAGGUGGUGAAAUGGUAGAGGGAAGGUGGUGAAAUGGUAGAAGGAAGAAGGUGAAAUGGUAGAAGGAAGAUGUGAAAUGGUAGAGGGAAGGUGGUGAAAUGGUAGAGGGAAGGUGGUGAAAUGGUAGAGGGAAGGUGGUGAAAUGGUAGAAGGAAGAUGGUUAAAUGGUAGAGGAAGCUGGUGAAAUGGUAGAGGGAAGGUGGUGAAAUGGUAGAGGGAAGGUGGUGAAAUGGUAGAAGGAAGGUUGUGUUAUACAGUUAAGAUGAGGUUGUUGAUAAACUGUCAUUAUACAGCACUACAGGAAAAUGAUAUACAAGAUUUACUUAAUAUGCAGUGUACAAGAUUUACACAAUAUGCAAUGUACAAGAUUUACACAACGUGGAGUGUACAAGAUUUACACAAUAUGCAAUGUACAAGAUUUAUACAACAUGCAGUGUACAAGAUUUACACAAUAUGCAAUGAAAGAGGCAAUGUUUUGUUUGUUAGAGCGUUGUACAGGGACGGAGGUCUUGCUGAGUACACAAUGUAUGAUAGUACAAAAGUGUGAAGUUAUCCCACAGGUGAAAUCUAUUACAGGGUCGUGAUUACAGGGUACAAUGUGUGAAGCCCAUUUCUGGUUCUCUUUCCCCCUCCCCACCAGAGACCAUAUAAUAUGUUAUAUGGUUAUUUGGUCUCUGCCCCCACUGAUAUUGCUGUGAUAUUGCCAAAAGCGGCGUCAAACUUAACUCACCUACUCAUUCUUACAGUGUAAAUCACAGUGCUUUGCAGAUACACUCCAUAUAUUGUGCCAUACUGGAGAUAAACAGCCAUACACACUGCUUCACAGUCCAGCUGUAGAGAGCAUAAUUCAAUAUCUGUGCCAUCCUGUCUGUAACAGGUGGCAACAGCCUCAGUUAGGAGUUUCAUCUACUACAUCAGUAAGUAUUUUUUUAAUUAUAUUUUAUAUUAUUUUUGUUGUAUUUUCAUAUAGUUGUGAUAAUACAUUCAACAAAGGUACAAAGAAAAAUACAACAAACAAAUAUCAGUAUUACGAAGCAAAUUGGUUAUGACAUAAUGACCAAAAUUAUCAAUUUUGCAGCUUAAAAUGGCAGAAUAUUUAAUAGGAAGGUAAUAUUUGUUAAGUUCGUGUUGCAAAGACUGGAAAGUUGCAAUGGAAGAUCUAUGUUUGGACAGUAUAUGAUUGUUGUUGAUUGUUUGAACAGGUAUUAUUAUUAUUAUUAUGUCAAUUGAAUUAUUGUUUCUGUGACAAAAUCCGAGGGGAGAAUGUGUUGUCAGUAUUGUCUUUUCGUGUGCUAACAGUAAAUGCCUAUACUUUCAUGAACAGCCAGGACAUAGUGAUCUUUUACUCUGAAAUAUCUAUAUAUUCUUCACUGCAACUGAAUAUAUGCAAUCAUGUUAUGCUAAUGUUUGUUAUGAUAUUAUUGGUUUUUAUGCAAUAUGACACGGGUAAAUAUAUUUAUGAAUAUCAGAUAGAUGUACUCAAAGUAUAUAGAUUAUAUUGUUGGUCACACAUUGUCAUGGUAUGUGCCAUGAUGAUUCAUUACCAAUUUCCAACUUUCACUCCCAUGGUUUAUGUUUUAAAAUGAUACUGUUGCUCAUAUCAUAGCUGUUUAUGGAUGUUUUUGUGUGUAAUUUGAUAACAUGUGUUAAAUACACCUCUCUUUCCACUUUGUGAGUACUAUUUAAACCAUUUCUAGACAAUUCAGUUUUGUAUUUUCAGUUAGCAUAAUGUUUACAUGUAUAUUUUACCCAAAAGUACAAAUGAGCCACAUAGCAUUUGCAAAGUUUUGUUCAUAAAGGAAUGUUUUGUUGGAAAAGUACAUAAAGGUUUUCUUUUCAUUAUACUUACUCAAAGGCAAAAGUAGGUUUAAUUUUCUCUUUUAUAACAUUCCAUGUUUUAGAAACACUCCGCAGAGCAUUUUAUUUUAGUGUAGAUAUAGACAUGCCGAGUGUGGUGUUAAAUAACAACAAACUAACAUGCAGAAAGGCUCUUGAAGGAUGUUUUUUAAGAUUAAAUAGAUUUAGUCUAUUGCAAUUUCCAACACUGACUUUUAAAUUGAUAGGUGUUAUGGUGAAUGUAUGAUACAUUGCAGCCCUGUUAUGGGUAUUUACAGUUAAUUGAAAGGGAAAGAUCUUUUGAGGCCAGGUGCUUUCCUUGUGAACUAAAUAUCCAUUAAAACAAUGUGCAAAAUUUACACUGGUCCUGUGGUCCCUGGCUAAUAAAAAUUCAUCAGGACCACUAAAUGAAAAUUGUACAUGGUAGCCAGUGAAUUUUGUAUUGAUAGUUAAGUAAAU